AUCCUCUGAUGUUGUAUGUCGCAUGCGCGAAAGUUUGAACCCGUUACGACAACGAUUGUGAUAUGUAUUGUGUGCAAUUAUAUUGCUGUUUUCAUAAAUAGAUGUUAUCUGAAUGUAUUACAAAGCGAACCCAAAAAUAUUGAGUUAAAGUGAUUAUCAAAAAUGCUCCUCAGUUGUAAGGAGUUAAUAGAGUUGUCAAUAGAACAAGCAAAAAGAGAAAUUACAAAGAAAGUACAAGUUAACAGAAUAAAGAAAAUUGUUUUAUGUUGUUCAUGCCGACAUAUGGUUUCAAACAGUACCAGAAAUAUGGGUGGAUAAAAGUCACAAAAUUAUUUGUUGGCCAUAUGAAAAGAAAUCCGUUGCCUCCAAAUGGAUAAAGAAACAAAUACUGUGCAAGCCAGAUUGGAGAAAACUCAAUUCUACAUGUUUCUUCAGACCAUUCGACAAUUAUGAAAGCAGCAUCAAUUUUGAAAAGCAAUGUACAGGGUAUUCGUCACAAGACGAAGUGUUGUACGAACAAUACAAAAGUCAUGAAGUACCAGAAAAGAGAAUUCAAAAAAAAAUCCAAAGUAUGACACAGAUAGUGACCGAUCAUCUGAAGUUGAAGUUAAGUAUAUAUGGGAAACGUAAUAAUUAGAUCUGAAUGAAUUUUUACAAAUGGAAAGUGUUGAAGAAAUGAAAGAAUUUGAAAACAUACUUCUAAAUAAAAAAGAAAAACGAGAACAGUGUAAAACUGUUAUAAAACGAGAAGGUGGGAAAGACAUUGGAGAACAUGGCAGACGAGCAAUGAGACGAAUAAUUACUAAUACACUAGCUAUUAAGUAUUCUUGGAGCAGACAGAAAAAAACUAUUAGAUUUAAAGAUUUGUUGAUUUCAAAACUUAUUGUAGAUUCCAUGGUAUCGGCGCACGCGUCUACUAACAUCAAAAAAUUGGAAGACGCUAUACAAUUGUGGUUAAACCAUGCGUCCGAUCGGGAAAAAAAGCGGAAAAGAGAAAAGAUUAUCUUGCACGACCUGAAAUUGAUAUGGAUGCAAACUUAAUCUAAACUGUACUUCAUAAAAUAUCUAUAAAAUAUUAUAACUCAUUUAUAUUAUAGUUUCUAAUAUAUAAUAUACUUUAUAAUAUAUAUUACUUCAUAAUAUUAUUAUAACUCAUUUAUGUUAUAACAUUCACAUUUUAACUUUAUAAAAAUUUGACAAUAUUGUACAAAAGUGCAAUAAAAUUCAGUACAAUCAAA